CUUCACCAGUAUCAAACAACGAUCAACUUCCUUCACACAGUGAAAACAACAGUAGUUAUGGCAUCUCUGAAAUUAGCCGUUUUAGUUUUUUGUGUCGCGUCAGUGGCGGCGGUACCAGCUCAGAACGAGGCUCGCGGCAACUCGAUCCAAACGGAAAACGACCUCCUCGACUCGAUUUACCAUGAUUGUUUACGCAAAGAUUCGUACUCAUGUCUCAAGGUCAAACUUUUCAACUUUGUGGAUAAAAUGCUCGGUCACAAGGACAGUAUCACCAUCGCCGACGGAGUACAGUUGGUAAAAACCAGUGACGAGAAGGAUGGUGCACCACGUUCCAUCGGAGCCGAUGAUUCCCUGGAGAGCAUGCUAUGGAACCGCGUCAGUGGCUUCUUGGAAACCCACGAGAUCAAGAUCAACCUUAAGGGUAGUGAAAUCGUAAACACGGUAGCCAACACCGCUCGUUCAUUCAGUGACGUAGUUGAUAGCUUGUCCGAAGAAGAAAACUCUGUAGAAACCGACGAAGCCAGAGGCAAGAAGAAGAAGGCUGCCAAAAUCUUGGGACCACUCCUAGCUGCUGCUGCCCUCAAAGCUGCCGUUCUUGGUAAACUCGCCUUAGCUGGUAUUGCUCUUAUCGCUGGUAAAGCUUUGAUCAUCGGUAAAAUCGCUUUGGUUCUCUCCGCCAUCAUUGGACUUAAGAAACUUCUUGGAGGACAAGGCAAACAUGUCACCUACGAAGUUGUAUCUCACCCUCAACAUUCUACCAGCCAUGUAACAUCCCACGAAACUGUAUAUGGUGGCGCUACCGGUGGUGGAUACGGUGGAUCAUCUGACAGUGGAUACAGCUCCUCCGGACACGGUGGUGGAUGGGGAAGGUCCUUUGAAGGUCAACAGCUCGCCUACAGGGGUUACAAACAAGCCAACCAGCAGUAGGAUAGCUCAGCAUGACCGGAAGAGUACCUGCCAAACCUCAGAGAGCAUAACUAGUUGUUUUGUUUGUCGGAAUCUUUCCCUUUCUAAUUUAAUUUAUAUUAUUUAUUUUUCCUUAAAUUUUUAUCGAUUUCCGCACAAACAAAAGUCAAGAUACCAUUUAUAUCUAACUAUGUUAGGUAUUUAUAUUUAAGGAACAUUGUUACUUUUGUAAAAUAAACGUUUUUUUCAAAAUAA